AGUUAAAGAUAUAGUCUCACCCUAACCCCCUUCCUAAAAUUCUAUAAAUUCCCCCUCAACCCCUCCCAUUCUCUUCACUCAACUCCCUCACAUUGUCUCUCUCUUUCCUCUGCUUUUGUGUUUCCAAUAUCUUCAUGAAAAUGGGCAUUUUUGAAAUUUUCUUGGUCGGUUUACUAGCAAUGGUCUCAUCCGUACAUGUCUAUGGAGAUGGUGGGUGGACUAAUGCACAUGCUACUUUCUAUGGAGGUGGUGAUGCUUCAGGGACCAUGGGUGGAGCUUGUGGGUAUGGUAACCUCUACAGCCAGGGUUAUGGUACUAACACAGCAGCUUUGAGCACUGCUCUUUUCAACAAUGGGCUGAGCUGUGGGGCUUGCUAUGAGAUUAAGUGUAUGAGUGAUCCCAAAUGGUGCUUGCCUGGCUCUAUUGUCAUCACAGCCACCAAUUUCUGCCCACCAAACAAUGCCCUUCCUAACAAUGCAGGGGGUUGGUGCAACCCUCCUCUGCACCAUUUUGAUCUUUCACAGCCUGUCUUCCAACAUAUUGCCCAAUACAGAGCUGGGAUUGUCCCUGUAGCCUACAGAAGGGUUGCAUGCGGAAGAAAGGGAGGCAUCAGAUUCACCAUUAAUGGACACUCAUACUUCAACCUAGUGUUGAUAACAAACGUUGGUGGUGCUGGUGAUGUUCAUGCCGUUUCAAUUAAAGGGUCAAGAACUGGCUGGCAACCAAUGUCAAGAAACUGGGGUCAAAACUGGCAAAGCAACACCCUUCUCAACGGCCAAGCCCUCUCAUUUAAAGUCACAACUAGCGAUGGUCGUACAGUGGUGUCUUACAAUGCCGUCCCUGCCGGGUGGUCCUUUGGCCAGACUUUCUCUGGCGCUCAAUUCCGCUAGAGACAGCUCCAUCUACUUGUCAAUGUCAAACAAUUGAUGUUGGGUAAAGUUUAGUGUAUUAGUAUACUAAUCAGUAUUUUAGUAUGAACGGUAAGCAUAUUAGGGGUCUAGAGUAUAUAAAUAUAUAUAUUUAGUAUACUGUCUGUGUGCUCAGUGGUGGGCGGUCCUGUCGGGUCAAAGUGAAAAGGGCUUAUUUUAAAUGGCUCUUUUUCAUUUUGAGCUAAUUUGAUUAUUAUUCCAGCUUAUGGAAAUUUUAUUGUUCCUGGUCCUGGAGAUGUUUUUUGCGUUUUCUAGUAAGGAAAGCGGCGGAUGGGAGUGGUGGAGGAGGUGGUUUUUUACCACCCGCCAUUAGUGAUUUAUUAAGUCAGAUCAUUUUUUCGCUUGGCUUGUAAUGUAAUUGUUAUCAGCAUUUGGCUGAGUAUGCCCUUGGUUAUUGUAAUGGAAUUUUAUGUCUAAUCUAUUACUGGUUUUAAUGGAAAAGCCUCAGAGUGCUAAGUAUAUUA